AUGAAAAUCUUAGAUUAAAUCAAAUAAGAAGUUGAGCAUUAAAUGCAAGUUAAAUAUGGCAAAAGCAUUUCAAAAAGAUAUAAUAAAGCUACAAUCACACUUAGAUGGAUUCUCAUAUACAUGGUUCUUGUUUUAAAUAAGACUAUUAAACAAGUAUACUUAAAUAAUAUUUCUCAAAAGUCUUCCGAACUAUUAGGUAUCAAUUAUACAGCAGCUAAAAAUAUUUAUAGACAGUAUAAAAAUAUAUAAUUAAACUAAAAUAUAUAAAGAAGAGCUGGAGUCUCCUCAAUUGAAAACUAUAACUGGAAAAAAUUUUAAGUUAAAGUUAUAUGCUAAAAUACUUAAACACACACUUAUACACUUGAUUAAUAUAUUAAAAAGUGA